GUCGUGAGAAACACGCACAUCUGGCGCAACUAGGUUCAGAUCAUGUUACUUCUUGGCUUUAAUUUAGUUUCUGGAGGAGGACUUUUCUUUUCCUGUCGCGAUGGAACGCGCAUCUUGAUAGCGCUUCAACAGACGGAUUAUUUUUUUUAAACGAAGUGCAGUUUUUGUUUUUUUAAAAAAGAAAAACCCUCGUGUGACUGAAUCGUUGGCAGCUCUGAUGAGGUGCAGUUAUAACGGACUCGGUCUAAAACCACUGGGCAGGAGCCGAGAGCAGGUCACACACAUCCAAAUAUGCGCGUAAUUGGAGCGCACUGGCGCGGCGUCCCUUGCAUCCCCGCCGGGUUAAGGCUGUCGUGAUGUUUAACACUUCGGGAAUUGAGUUCGCCUUGAACAAGAAAGAGGAUAUUUCCGAAGUUAUCAAUGACACCCUGGAGCUUCUCUACAAUGUCCUCGUCACCGCUAGUCCCACGGCCACGUGGAACGAGUCGUGCGGGGAGCAGCUGCAGGUUUUCGGGCGUCCAGAGAAGAUCAUCAUCGGGGUGAUGCUGGCGAUCAUCACCGCGGUCACCGUGAUGGGCAACACGCUGGUGGUGAUCGCGGUGUGCGUCGUGAAGAAGCUGAGACAGCCUUCGAACUACCUGCUGGUGUCACUGGCCGUGGCUGACCUGUCAGUGGCCAUAGUUGUGAUGCCGUUCGUGAUAGUGACGGACCUCACCGGGGGGAAGUGGCUCUUUGGGGAGGUUUUCUGCAACAUCUUCAUCGGCAUGGAUGUAAUGUGCUGCACUGCUUCCAUCAUGACCCUGUGCGUGAUCAGCGUGGACAGAUAUCUGGGGAUCACACGGCCUCUCACCUACCCGGCCCGGCAGAACGGUCAGCUGAUGGCAAAGAUGAUCCUGGGUGUGUGGCUGGUGUCCGCGUCCAUCACCCUGCCUCCUUUCUGCGGCUGGGCCAAAAACGUCCACGCGGCCGGCGUGUGCCUCAUUAGCCAAGACUUUGGCUACACCAUCUAUUCCACAGCAGUAGCCUUUUACAUCCCUAUGCUGGUCAUGCUGGUAAUGUACUAUAAGAUCUUCAAGGCCGCGCGCAAGAGCGGCGCCAAACACCGCUUCACUGACCUGUCGCGGCGCGAACGCCUCGAGACGGUGGCCAGCGAGGCGCUGCGCAUGCAGGGCCUGAAGCCACCCGGCGUGGUGGAGGAGUGCGCGGCCCUGUCCCGCCUGCUGAACCGCGAGCGCAGAAACAUCUCCAUCUUCAAGCGGGAGCAGAAAGCGGCCACGACGCUGGGGGUGAUCGUGGGGGUGUUUGCCGUGUGCUGGCUGCCAUUCUUCAUCCUGUCCACGGCCAGGCCCUUCAUCUGUGGCGUGGAGUGUAGCUGCGUGCCCAUCUGGUUGGAGCGCACGCUGCUCUGGUUAGGCUACGCCAACUCCCUAAUGAACCCCUUCAUCUAUGCCUUCUUCAACAGAGACCUACGCUCCACUUAUCGCGACCUUCUCCGCUGUCGUUAUCGCAACAUCAACCGCCGGCUGUCUGCUGUGGGCGUGCAUGAGGCUCUCAAGGUGUAAAUGUGGAUACGGAAAGUCGCCGUCUCGCCGGGAGUCAAACCUGUGUGAAUCUGUGGCAUUUUCCACACAAGCAGAUAGACAGCACGAUCACUUCAGUGUGCGCGCGAGACUCUGUCGUUCUAUUUUGGAGAAGGGAAAAAUCAUGGACCUGUACUUGAAGGUCCGUACAGGUCGACACAGUUCUGUCCUGGCUGUGGAUUUAUGGCGGUGAAAUGUAGCGAUAAAGGAUAACACAUGUAAACACAAUCAGUCAUUCUCGAAUCGAAAGAGGACAGACUUCUGUAAAAUAACACGAAAUUGAUGUGUGAAGUUAAAAAAAGACUUCCGACAGCUAAAGACAUCCCACAUGAAUGUCAAACUGGAGGUGAACACACUUACACGUGUACGGUGAUUGUGCCAGAUGUUAUUUCUAUACGUUUAUCCGCCGCCAUUGCUUUCGGUUUGGUGACCACAACCAACUUUUUUUGUUUUUGAGUAUUAUAAGGGAGUAUUUUCCGUUCAUGAAAUCUGUGUUUGUUGAUAUAUAUAUAUAUGAAAAAAACAAACUGAGUGCAUGAAACAUAUUCGUCUUACAAGCCACUGUAUACGUAAAUCAUAGAGAUUAUAAAAAUAAAUGACGGCUUGGCAGAAAUGUUUCACCAAAAUUCUCUUCUGCGAGCUCCAAAUAUGAACUCAGUAAAGUGAGUGUGCGUGUGUGUCAGGAAGAACGAUAAUGUGGAUUUUCUUUUACUUUAUUCUUUUGGCUGCUGCUGACCGUCCCGGUCGAUACAGAAAACGAUACCUGCAGAAAUCUGUGUUUCACUUUAAGAAUUCACACGUUCCUUGGACUCUCGUGCUCCUCUCAUUUUGACAGUUUCUUUGACCCCUCCGUUUGAAAGAACGACGCGACCACUGGCUUGUACUCAUUGGUGAAAUGUCGUAGGUGGAGCGUUGUGUGAUUUUUCUACCUCGAUUCUUUUGAGAAUACUGUACAUUCAAGCCAAUCAGAUGUACGGGUGUCCUCACCAUUUUUGUAAUUUAACUGCUAUUUUAUAUUGUGUAAAACUGAUCUGCCGACAGCUACUGCGCUCUGUUUGAAGGCUUUGUCAUCACCUUGAGUAACACGCCGGGGGGAAGUGGCAAAGCAUUUGACACUGUGUAAAUAAACGAACACUUGGUCUAAA